AUGAUCAAGGAAGAUAGGAUCCCGAAGGAUGUUCAUGGAAUAGAAGAAGUGAAGGGAAAUCUGAAAAAAGGAGAUGAGUUCAUUACACCGAAGUUAGACAAUCCAGAUAGUGAAUGGGUAAGCCUUAUACACUGUGUACCUAAGAAAGGUGGAAUGACAGUAGUGGCUAAUGAAAAUGAUGAAUUGAUAGCAACUAGGACCGUUACAGGAUGGAGAGUGUAUAAAGAUUAUAGUAAGCUUAAUGAGGCAACUAGGAAGGACCAUUACUCAUUACCCUUCAUGGACCAAAUGUUAGAACGUCUGGCAGGGAACAAGAAAAUGCCCUUUGUACUUUGUAAUGCACCAACGACAUUUCAACGCUGCAUGACUGCGAUUUUUCAGGACAUGUUAGAGAAGUAA